AUGUCUACAUCGACAGGUUCCCUUUGUUAUGGUCAUGCCUGUAUCGAGCUCGAUUCCGACACUAGGUACCACUUGACCGGCAUCAAUUCGAUACAACAUCCACAAGGGCCUUUCUAUGCUGUCAGUGACCCAACAAAAGCAAGAAUAAAUGGGAAUAACAAUCUCGGCCGCCGUCCCCAGGUGUUUACACAAUUCUAUGCUGCAGAUAUCGGCAGACAACCUAAAAGAUUGAAAGACAAGACCAUCGGAUUUGUGAUCCAUGCCCACUGUUGGACCCUGUUCGAUCGAGUGGCAGGCCUAAGGUUCAACAAUACCGACCUCGCUAAACUUGUCCGAAUUUGUCGAAAAUACUGGCAGGAAAGCGAAUGGUGGGGGAUAUCCGUGGGAUACCCACCGGGUGUCUCUCAGAGUCCGCUUAUCGUGCCCGCAAUUCAACAAGCCAUGGCAUUCACCAAGACUGAUUACUAUCACCCAACCUCUGGUCUCGGCAUUCUUCCAUUAGAGCUUAAGGUUUUGAUCUCCGAAUUCAUCUGCCCCAUCACAGAUUAUACAAUCAGUGAUGUUCAAAAUUUGAGAAAUAUGCUCUUAGGGUUUGGAUGGGAGUUACCUAAGUGGUUUUGGCGAGUGCGAUUGGACGAACGUUUGUUUUUUGAGUUGAAAUACAACGAGGACCCGUCAGCAGAUUGGAAACUGCGUCUUGAAUUGAUGAGUCUUGUUGCAGAUCGAAGUAGGCUCGGUUCUAGUGGUCUAGCAAACCCCCCAUCAACACAAUUUUCCAAGAGCACAAUUUCUCUCGAUCAGCAGAAGCUAGCUCUAAGGAUCAAGCCACUACGAGAGUGGUGCGAGAGCGAAUUCACAAGACAACUUGCUAAAGGCCAUCUGAACGUGACGAACCGAUGGACAGACGGUGACAGUGACGGGGAAGAGAUCGAGCAGAACAAAGGAAAACGCGGUGGGGACAGCAACUGGAAACUGAUGUCGCUGCCACCGCAGGACCAACUCUUCGACAAAUCUGGCCGCGUGCUUUGGGAGCCGAAAUACGUGCGUCUCGCGGACGACGCAGCGAACUUAGUCGCCUGUACCCCGAGAGAAUAG